AGAAGCGCGAGGCGCGGGUGAUUGACGGGUGAAGAUCCCGCCCUCUUUUCCAGAGCGCAGCACUUCUUCCAGCGCUGCGAGAAUCGACUCUGCCGCGAGGAGAGAGAGCCUUUCCAACACUGAAGUUUCUUUGGACGAACCGCUCUCCGGAUUCUCAAAUGAACAGGUUUGAAGCCAUCAACAGAGGCUUUCUGUGAAGACGCCGAGGAUACAUUACCUGCGUUUUUCUCAAAGCUUUGCAAAAUGAAGCUUUGGAGUUUUGUGUUACCUGUUGUCUUGUAUGCAGUGUCUGCACAAGGGAAUCAAAAGUCCCCAGCUCCUUCAGCAGCAGCAACUACAGCCUCCCCAGGUCCUAAUCUGGGAUCAAAGCUGCAGGAGCCGUGUGCAGGCAGAGACUGCAGUGGACCGUGCCCGUGUUUGCCCUUAAAGGGUAGCAGGGGGCAACAUGGGGAGCAUGGACAGAUGGGCAGCAGUGGUCCUGAGGGUGUUAUUGGGUCCCCAGGGCCAGUUGGGCCCAAAGGAGAAAAUGGCCAUGUAGGACGUAAAGGCCCUCCUGGACCAAAUGGAGAUAAGGGCCCAAUGGGUGUUCCUGGGUUUUCUGGUAAUGAUGGAGUUCCAGGACACCCCGGUCAGGAGGGGCCCAGGGGACCUCCAGGCUUGGAUGGCUGUAAUGGGACACGAGGUGACCCAGGUGACAGAGCCCGUGAUGGAGUUCCUGGUCUGCCCGGGGGUCCUGGACUCGCUGGUCGAAAAGGUCAAAAAGGAGAACCAUAUUAUAUGGAUCUUUCUGAACUAAAUUCUUUCAUCAAAGGCCCUCCAGGUCCAAUGGGAUUUUCAGGUGCAUUGGGACCCAGAGGUCCAGAUGGAUUUCCUGGUGUGCCUGGUCCACCUGGUCCACCUGGACCUCCAGGAAGUCCAGGUCAAGGAUACAAAGGAGAGCCAGGAGAAAAGGGGGAUCUUGGUCCAGCAGGACUCAGGGGCAGUCCAGCCGUUCAGUUUAACGCACCAGCAAUAAGCACUAUCUACAAAGGAGAGAAGGGUGAUAAAGGCUAUGGUGGUACUCCAGGUUUUCCAGGGGGACCAGGGCCACCAGGCCCAUUUUGGUAUAGAGGUGAAACCGGAGAAAAGGGAAUCCUGGGCUUACCAGGCUUAAGGGGUCCACCUGGUCUGAACGGUCCUCCUGGCCUUCCUGGGAUAAAAGGCUUCCCUGGACCUCAGGGUUUUCUGGGACAACCAGGUUUUACUGGCACAAAAGGUGACAGGGGAGACCCAGGUCCACCUGGGCCAAUUGUGGAACCAGAAGCUGGAAUUAAAGGUCCUCCAGGUGAUCCUGGCUUUCCUGGUUAUCCGGGGAUAACGGGAGAUACGGGUGUUCCAGGGCUUCCUGGUCUGCCUGGUGCUCCUGGAGUGCCUGCUUUUUUAACAGGUCGUCCAGGCAAUCCUGGGUUCCCCGGUAGUCGUGGACCCAAAGGACAAAGGGGAAACCCAGGUCAGAAUUCUUAUGGUCUUGAAGGUCUUCCUGGAAAUCAGGGCCUUCCUGGACCUCCAGGUCUCCCUGGACCACCGGGCAGGAAACCAAACCCGUCCUCCGCUGGACAACCUGGUUUUCCAGGUCGGCCUGGUCCAAGAGGAUUUCCUGGAGACAGAGGCUUUAAAGGGUUUAAAGGAGAAAAUGGUGACUGCAACUGUUUGGGUGGAGGAACGAUUGGUGCACAGGGACCUCAAGGGUCUCCGGGUUCCCCGGGUAUUGCAGGCCUCAAUGGUGUGAAGGGAGAAAUUGGUGAUGCAGGCUUCCCAGGACCCCGAGGUCCACAAGGCCUUGAUGGUCGUGCAGGUGACAGAGGCUUUAGGGGUCGUAAAGGAGAGAAAGGUAAUACUUUCUUCCCAGAAGGUAGAGGACAAAAAGGUGAUAUGGGUCAACGGGGUCCUCCUGGACCACUUGGAGAAAGCGGUAACACUGGAAGGGAUGGAUCUCCUGGCUUUCCUGGACAACCAGGCCCACCUGGGGAGCCUGGUUUUGGGGUGACUGGAGAUAAAGGUUUUCCUGGUUUUCCAGGGUCCAAAGGUCGUCCUGGUGACAGGGGUGUACCUGGUAUUGGCUAUCCUGGUGUAGCUGGAAUCAAAGGGUCACAAGGUGAUCCUGGAUUCAAUGGUCUUCCUGGAACACCUGGACCUCCAGGUUCUCCAGGUGACAGCUGUGGGCGGGCAGGGCUUUACGGUGCCUCUUUGGAAGAGGGAGGAACACCACUUCCCUGCAGGAUUCCUGGUGAACUUGGAGAUCAAGGAUACUCUGGAAAUCCUGGGGUGCCAGGACCAAAGGGUCAGUCUGGUUACCCAGGAGGGAGAGGGCGCUCAGGGUUUGAUGGGCCAAAGGGUGAGAGAGGAGAACCAGGCUCUGGAGGUCGGCCAGGACCUCAGGGUUUCCCCGGACCCAGAGGAGAUCCAGGUUUACCAGGAACAACUAAUGCUGGCUUUCAAGGGCCUCCAGGAAGAGAUGGUUUACCAGGUUUGCCAGGAGCUAAGGGAGAACCCGGUGUGGUCCUUGGAGCCACCCCUGGAGGUCCAGGUUCUCCAGGGAGACCAGGACAACCAGGAGACAAAGGUCAACCUGGUGCACCUGGUUUAUCAGGGAGGCCUGGUAAUGAUGGACAGAACGGUUAUCCUGGCAUAAAGGGAGAACGAGGUGUGGAUGGAAUACCUGGUCCCGUAGGUCCCAUAGGUCCACCAGGAGAAAUCCCUGCUGGUGGUGUUCCUGGUCCCAGAGGGCCACCUGGAGCUAAGGGAUUUGAUGGAUCUCCAGGCUGCCAAGGUUUCCCAGGGCUGAAGGGUGUGAGAGGAGAUCCAGGACCUCCAGGGCCUGGUGGAAUAAAGGGUAUACCAGGACUUCCUGGCAUCCCAGGGUCACAGGGAUUCAGGGGACCUCCUGGACCCCCUGGCAUUGGAACACGUCGAGGCAUACCUGGAAGACCAGGAAUAAAGGGGGAGAAAGGGUCUCUUGGAUUGGUGGGGUUCCCAGGAUUUCCUGGUUCUCCUGGCGUCCAAGGUGGCCCAGGUGUUAAAGGUGUACCUGGUUUCACUGGACAGGAUGGUGUACCUGGGGGAACUGGAUCAAGAGGAACCAAAGGGGAUCGUGGUGUUCCUGGUCUUCCAGGACCUUCUCCUCCAUCAAUUCCAGCAAAUCAGCUGUUAAAGGGUGAAAGAGGUGACCCAGGAGGUCAAGGACUGCCUGGUUUCCCAGGACCAAGAGGUGAUAAGGGUUAUCCAGGGCUUCCUGGACGUGAAGGCUAUCCUGGAUCACCUGGUGUUGCAGACCAAGCAAAAGGUUUUCCUGGCCAACCAGGACUCCCAGGUAUUCCCGGCUCCUUUGGCUUUCCUGGACCCAAAGGUUCAUCUGGAGUUAUGGGCUUCCCUGGCUUACCAGGCAUGAGGGGUGAUGAUGGUUUACCUGGUGUUCAAGGGUUCCCAGGCACUUCAGGACAACCUGGUGGCAAAGGUGAGAAAGGUGAUUCAUAUGAAUUAUCUGGACCCCCUGGACAAAAGGGUUUGAUUGGAAAUCGCGGAUUCCCAGGUGGUCCAGGACUUCCUGGUGAAACAGGUGAUCCAGGGCUCCCAGGAGUCUUGGGAUUCCAAGGCCAGAAAGGUUUUCCUGGAGAGCCGGGAGCACCAGGAUUUGGUGGCUCACCAGGCCUCCCAGGCAUUAGGGGUCUGCCUGGUUAUCCAGGACAGAAGGGGCGUGAUGGAGUUCCAGGCCGUCCUGGAGCUCCAGGUUCAUCAGGAGAGAAAGGUUUUCCAGGAUCACCUGGUUUACAUGGACUCAAUGGUCUUCCAGGAUCCAAGGGGCUGUCUGGUGUUCCAGGUGUGACUGAAGGUGGUCGGACUGGAGCUCCUGGUGUGAAUGGCCUGAAGGGAGAGAGAGGCUCAUCACAACCCGGAGCACCUGGGCGCCCAGGAGAAAAAGGAUCCAGAGGAGACCCUGGUGCCUCUGGUUCGAGAGGCUUCGCUGGUAAUCCAGGACCCCCUGGACCCCCUAGUCCUUCUAAUAUCCCAGGUCCUCCUGGAGACUCCGGACUUCCAGGAUUAGAUGGACGAGAAGGUCCUUUUGGCCCUCCUGGCCGGCCUGGUCCACCAGGCCCUGGAACCGUCCAAGGAGACAGGGGGGAUGAUGGAUAUCCUGGGCGACCAGGGAUACCAGGACCACGUGGAGAACCCGGUGGUUUUGGAGCCCCUGGAAUGCAAGGCAGUCCUGGUUUUAAAGGACAAAAAGGUGACCCUGGCUUUGAUGGUGUACUUGGAUCACCGGGGUCACCUGGAGAACCAGGAUAUUUUGGCAGGAAUGGACCCAAAGGAUUAAAGGGUAUUCCCGGUCGUAAGGGAAUUCCAGGUACUGUGUUCCCACUUAACAUAACCGAAAGAAUGCCAUAUGGGGAACAGGGCCCACAAGGUCUUGAUGGGUCUGAUGGUCAGGCAGGAAUGCCAGGCAUACCAGGCCGUCCAGGAGUCCCUGGUCCCAAAGGACCCAGAGGGCCAAUGGGUAGACUUGGUCCUGUUGGUGCAGCUGGAUCUCCUGGAACUUUUGGUGACCCUGGACCUCCAGGAAUCCAAGGACCCACAGGAAGCCAAGGAGCGCGUGGCUCACCGGGAAUGCAAGGUCGUCCUGGUCCACCGGCGCGCAGUAGCAGUAUCGGUUAUACUUUGGUGAAACACAGUCAGUCCAGCCAGGUGCCCAUGUGUCCUCAAGGCAUGUCCAGGCUGUGGGAUGGAUACAGUUUGCUCUAUGUAGAGGGGCAGGAGAAAGCACACAACCAGGACCUGGGAUUGCCCGGCUCCUGCCUGCCGCAUUUCAGCACCAUCCCCUUCCUGUACUGCACAGUCGAUGAAAUCUGCCACUACGCUAGUCGCAAUGACAAAUCCUACUGGCUAUCCACCACAGCACCCAUUCCCAUGAUGCCUGUGGCAGAUCAGCAGAUAUCUCCAUACAUUAGCCGCUGCUCAGUGUGCGAGGCUCCAUCUCAAGCUAUCGCUAUCCAUAGCCAGGAUCUCAGCAUACCGACCUGCCCUCAGGGCUGGAGAAGUCUGUGGAUUGGUUACUCCUUCCUUAUGCACACCGCCGCAGGUGCCGAAGGAGGCGGUCAGUCAUUGGUGUCUCCCGGUUCUUGUCUGGAGGAUUUCCGUGCCACCCCCUUCAUCGAGUGCAACGGUGCCCACGGCACCUGCCACUACUUUGCCAACAAGUACAGCUUCUGGUUGACAAUAGUAGAGCAGAACAAACAGUUCAUCCAUGCUCCUUCCCAGGAGACGCUGAAGGGAGUCGAGUACCGCUCACUCAUCAGUCGCUGUCAAGUCUGCAUGAAGAUCUUGUAGCUUGUGUAGAUGCACAGCAGGAGACUUUAUCCAAACUACUGAAAGAAGAGUGGAUGGGAUGAGUAGAGGAAGAUAAAGAACCAAACAUGAACUGACUGAUUAGAUUCAUGCCCUUGAUGCCCCAACAGUGAUGAUUUGAAGGGCUAAGGUGAGCCCAUGGUAAAUUGGUAAGAUUUUACUCUUCAUCUGUUUAUCAACAACGGUGCUAUGUUGAAAAUAAUAUGUUGUGUUUUUCUUUAAGUUGUUGGUCAUAUUCACGGCUACCUCAGAGAGUGCAUCCCAGACUCACUGUGGAUGGCACGGAAUAAUGAACCUUGAUUUUCCAAAUUAAUCCAUGCAGCGUUGAAAACAAUACUGCAUUUCAUGGAUAUGUUUUGGCUUUCGUAGCCUGUGUUGGUGCUUUCUUCACAUUCAUGUUAACCAUUCGUUAAUCCUGUUUACCAUUCAGCAAAAAUGGACAAACCUGCACUUUGCAUCUCCAUGAAUAAGAUUGUCCUCAUGGUUGUCACUUGAAAUGGUUAGUCUAACCCCAUUCAUAUCCUGUAUGAAUAGCACUGAACUAAAAAAAAGAUAAAUAAAAAAAUAACCUUUUAUAUAUAUGUUAACGUUCUUUCACAUGCAGUUGAUUUAGAUUCAUCUUUUUCACCUAGUGAUAUAUUAUUUUAUUUUAUUGUUGAGAACAUUUAAACGUCCAUUAAACAUAAAUUAUGUGGAUGCUUAAUACCUUACAGAUCAUUUCUUGGUCUUUUAAGGUAAAGGUUUUUAGCCUCAGUAAUUCAUUACAUGACCAAAAAUGUGUAUAAUAUAAAUAUAUUUUUAAAUAGACUAAUAAGUCAGCCAGUCUCUUAGAAAGAUAUAUAUAACCACUAUGAACCACUAAGUCUCUCAUUGGUAGCCAUGAGUAUACAUUUCUUCUGUGUUUUAUUUCAUUGCAUCUGUAAGUAGUUAGAUUAUGGUUUAUUCAUUUCAUCCCCUUUAUAGAAAGAUGUAUUCAAUUCAUUGUACAUUUAAUAACCGGGAAAGAUUUAAUAAUAUUUUCCCAUUUAUAUUGCUUUUGGUUGUUUUCUGCGCUGAGACAAAAAAAAAAAAAAA